UAAUGCCCUUCUAUCUAAACUGAAAUGCUGCUCUCUAAAUAAAAUUCCCUUUAUCAAGUAACAGAAGUAAAAUAAUUAAAGCAACGUGAGAAUGUAUUCGGCGAGUUUGUGCUACGAGGUAGAAUACUGCACUACUAUGAAAACCAUGUUCUACGAAAUAUUCUUGCUUAAGAUGGUGUAUAAUCAUAGACUCAUUAAUCAUAAGCGAGUGUGUGAGAGAAACGUUUAAAAACAACAUCGACAUUAGAAAUAUCAGCAAUUGCAACAAAAUAAAUUGUGAAUUUGGUUUCUUGUUGAAUCCCUAAAACUGACUCAUUCCAGUGGAAUGGAGGAGGGUAAGAUGGAUUAACGGAGAACUGUUCUACAGAAUUUAUUUCACAGAAUUAUUCAGUCAUCGACAAGUAAUUUUUUAACUUCGGUAAACACAUAAUUUCGGUUUACCGUGAGCAAUAAAUUGCUAAUGGACGAAAUUCAGAAAGGCGGCGCGCCGAAGGUAGAUAGGCGGAACCGUUCAAUGAAUGUUUCUGUUUUGCUCCCCCAAACUUGUCCGUAUAAUAGAGCUACAAUGAGACCAUCAUAGAUGAAUCGGUUCAGACAUUAUCAUCUAGUAAAACUCUGUUUGGCUAAUGACCUUCAAAAAUUUGGUUUUCAGCUGACACCUAUGCCACUAGGUUGACACUGCCUGGCGAGUUGGGCUUAUACAUCCCUUUACGUAAGGCCAAUGCGUCGUCACGCGGAGGCGCGUUGUUAUAUUUAGCUUGGCCAGUAUUUGGCAGGGGGCACCCGCCCGCCUGGCAGCCUUACCACUUGCCUGCCCCAGGCCAGGGUAUCUUUAGUUGCAUCCCCGGAGCGUACGCGAGAGGUUCAAGUCUUACCAUGAUCUGGGCUGCCGUCACGAACCACGGUAACUCGACGGCUGCGGCAGCGCCAGCUGUGGCGGGUGCAGGUGUAGAGUCGGGCGGUCGCUGGGACGCGAGUGCUGGGGCGACAGGCGCGAGGCGACAUCGGUACGCCCGAUCUUCUACUGCCAGUAGUGUAACGCAGCUUCUGAGCGAGUCAUGUUCAAGUCUGCUUCAACGUUUGACGACGCGUGUACGCGGACCGUCGUCAACCGCAGACUGUCAGCCACAGCCUCAAUCACCCUCCAGUGUCACCACUCCUGGGACUUCGUCUGCUGCAGCUGCUGCUACUACUACUACUGCUGCUGCAGCUGCUACUUUCGGAUUAGGCACUACUCGGUCGCGUCUUGAAGACAAGUAUUCUGCAGUACUAAAGCAGCGUCGUCCAGAACGUGACAGAGAAAGAGUAAGGGAGAAGGAUGAGAGAGAUAAUGACAAAGAGAUCGAACGCCUUCCAUUAUUGCAGAAGAGUGCGACAAAUGUGCAGUUGUUAAGAGAUUCUCCCCCAGCCCUUGAAUUAAAUCAGCAUCGCCAUCAUGGCCACUCCCAUCACCACCACCACCACCAUCACCGUCACCACAGGCAUAAGUCCGAUCGUGGACCUGUCAGUGCAGCUGUGCCUUUGGCUUCAGAAUCGCGUACCCGCACCCGGACUCGAACUAGAACCCCACGCCGGGAGCGCUAUUUACCCUCUCGCCUUUGCCCUGUUGAAAUACCACUGUCUGUGGAUGAACCGUCAACCACUCCAGCUGAUGAUGAACGCCAAGCGAAGCGACAAGAGAUUCAAUCUCUCAUUCUGAAGUACUCUGCAUUGGAUGAAGCAUACUCGCGUCUCACCGAUUCAAAGCGUGUCAUACCUGAUCAGCAGCAGCCACGACAGCCUCAGCCACACCUGUCAUCGCUGCAGAAGCACAAGCACACGCUACAGCCGCAUAUUGCAGCACCCCUGCCGACUAUUGUUGGGUUCGCAUCUCGGUUUGAAAUGGCGGCUAUGAAUUGGCACGUGGUCCACGCGUACCACGAAUGGACGGACGGAUCAACCGACCGCAAUGGGACGGUGAUGCACCUGUGUUGCCCUGCCCGCUCUGCUAAAUCGGUGCUGGCUGGCUGGUGUUGGCGAUGGCUGGUGCCGUUUCCUGAUUGUGUUGGUGGCUGGCCCAUGCUGUGCAGAUCUCGAGCACCCUCCGUGGAGGACGACGAAGAUGGCCACCUGAUAUAUCGCCAUGGCGACGUGCUCCGAGACCGAUAUAAAAUAUUGGCCACCUUAGGAGAAGGCACAUUUGGAAAAGUUGUCAAAGUGAAAGAUUUACAUACGUCCAGAAGACAUUUUCCAAGAAAUUUGAAAAUCCCACGUAGCAAUAGUCACAACAGGGAUCAUGUAAUGCCUAACCCAUUGGAAGCUGUCCGCCACAUUGCUUACCAGCUGUUUUACUCUGUGAAGUUCCUUCAUGACAACAAACUUACCCAUACUGAUCUCAAACCAGAGAAUAUUUUAUUUGUAGACUCAGAUUAUGACAUUUCAUACAACAGCAAAAAGAAGAGGGAUGUCAGACGUGUGAAGCGCACUGAUGUGAGGUUAAUAGACUUUGGCAGUGCGACAUUUGACCACGAACAUCACAGUACAAUUGUUUCAACACGACAUUAUCGUGCACCAGAAGUUAUUCUUGAACUUGGCUGGGCACAACCAUGUGAUGUUUGGUCCAUCGGGUGCAUAAUUUUCGAAUUGUAUCUGGGUAUAACACUAUUCCAGACACAUGAUAAUAGGGAGCAUUUAGCAAUGAUGGAACGAAUUCUUGGUCCUAUACCUUACAGAAUGGCACGGAAGACGAAGACGAAGUACUUUUAUCAUGGGAAAUUAGACUGGGAUGAAAAGAGUUCUGCUGGCCGCUACGUGAGGGAAAAUUGCAAGCCUCUACAUCGAUACCAACACAGUGAUGAUGAGGAUCAUCGGCAGUUAUUUGACUUGGUGUCUCGAAUGCUGGAGUAUGAACCCUCAGCACGCAUCACGUUAGCUGAAGCAAUGAGGCAUCCAUUCUUCGAUAAAAUUCCACCACAUCAGAGGCUUGGCAGUGACAGGCGUGGUGGAGGCAGUGCAUCUUCGGACCGGGACCGCGAGCGAAGCCACUCCCUCUCACGGUAUGGGAGUCCGCGUUCUGGAACUCAUUGUACGAGUCGCAGUCGGGGAAGUUCACCUGGUGUAGCAACAUCGAGGUGUGCAUACGGUGAUUCGGACAAUUGAGUCAGACAUCCAGCUGCCAUUGUCUCCUUAUUUUGACUUUGGACAGCUGCAUUGUUCCUGAAAAGAAGUGACUUACUGGAAAAGAAGUGCUUCAGGUUCCCUGGAAGUGAAUUUUUCACUGUAAUGUAGUGCCUGAUAGGGACACUUUCCAUGUCACCCAUUAUUGUAUAUCUGUACAUACGUGUGUGUGUGUGUGUGUGUGUGUGUGUGUGUGUGUGUGUGUCCAUGCCAGAGGGCUGAUACAAAUGUCUUAGUAAAAGGACUGCUAAAACGUUAAGGACUUUUUAUGUAAAGUGUGUUUUACAUGUUUAAUUCAUAUUCAUUUGCUUCAUUGAUAGCAGUAUUGUAAAGAUCAUUUGCCUCAAACUGUGAAUAUUUGUAAAAUUUCGAAGUUAUCUUCAUAUUAUAAAAGAAAGAAAAUCCCAUUUUCAUGAUGGAUCAAUAUAAGUAAUAAAUAAUUUAUAUUUUUCAGACUUGGAGCAGUAUUUUUUUAGUGUAAUGUUUUUGUCCAGUUUUCUAAAAUUGUCUCAGAUUAUUUAGUUUAUUGCAGACCACUUCCUUUUUUACUGGAGCAUUAAGCAUUUAUUGUCAUGGUCUGUGUCCACCUCAUUGUUGUAGAUUGAAUACUUUUACAUGUGAAAAUUUACUAUGGCAGUAAGAAAGUAAAUUAGUAAUUAGAAAUGAAUAUUCUUUUGUAAUAUUCAUAUAAUGUUACAAACAUCUAAGAACCAUAUGUGGUUGUAAUGUCGUUUCGAGAUCCGAUAUGCUUGGGAUUAUAUCAAUCAUUAUUAUUUGUACACAAUUCUCUUAGUAAGAGGCCUUCAUAUGUAAUGAAAAAACUUCCAGUACUCGUUGUACCAAAUAUCCAAGCCCACAUUUGGAAUUUGGUCAUAUGUAAAUAGGAAUAAAAGAUAGUGUUAUUAAAGGCUA